AUGUCGCGUAUCAUGCCUUAUCCUACGCCAGAGUCAAUCACCCCGCCAAGAAAAUAUUCUUGUACUUAUGAACAACCCCAGACGCCCUCAUCGGUAAAGAACAAAUUGUCACCUAAAACGAAGCAUCUACGAAUGCUCAGGCUUCUCAAGAGAAUGGGCGAUUCACCUUUUUUCACAACACAAAAAAGGUCGAAUUCGUGGGACGAUCCUCGCACUUCAGUCAAACCACUACCCAGAAGCUCUGGCUACCCAGCGAUGAGAAGCAGGAGACGGACUAAGAACAUUAAGAGGCCCGCAUCGAAGGGUGGUAAGGAGGGAUUGACUUCAGAUAAUAAGUUUUCCAUUUUGAAGGAUGUCGAGGAAGACGUCUUUGGACCCAAGAUUGAUCUCUCGGGCAGGAGUGUAUUCAACACAUCAAGCUCACAUUCAACCUCUACAUCUCCUUCUAUCUCAAUCAAACUCGACCCUAUCACCUCCCCGUCACACUCAAUCACUUUCGAUGGGAGGCAAUCACCUCUAUCUAUCGAUCUUAGUAGCUCGUACUCUACAUUUACUCCCGAAUCAUACCGAGCUUGGAGCCCAAAAACUAUCACAGGUUCAUCAUCGCAAACUCCCUCCUCUUCCUCCCCAUCAUCAAGACACAAGCCAUUCCAGCUGAAUUUGAAUGAAUUGUACCCGGUUCUCCCUUCUGAGACGAGCUCUCAAAAUACGUCAAGUCUGAUCGUUGGAGGUCCUAUCAAAAAGGCUUUAGCCGUGCUUGACACCAUAUCAGAUAGACAAGUGAGGAUAGGAAGUACCACUACCUCUCGCGGACCCAAAUCUGGGAUCUUGAAUCGUAUGCAGGAUGUUGGAGCGAGAGCGAUGGGAUUUCAUUGUGUUUGUCCUAAAAAGAGAGUUGGGGAAGGGAAUCAUUGGGGAGAGAAUGACAUGGAAGGUUUUUGGGGAGCUUUGUCAAAGUUGUCAGAAACAGACCCACAGAUCAGGAACUACCUCUUCCCACAUGCUUCUCAUAUUCAGAAUCUUGCGCAUCCGGAACAGAAAGACGGUACCAACCUCAGUUUAACCAGCAUAGCGAGAGAAAUGAGACUUGUCCUUUUGUCUGGUAUGAAAUAUCUCGUCCUUCAUCCCGGUUUUGGACAUUACGAUUCCAGAGAAAAACAUCUACGACAGAUAGCUGCCAACAUAGACAAAUUACAUGCGUCCUGUCCUGACGUUAUACUCGUUCUUGAGACCAUGGCAUGUCGACAAAUGACCGGCACGGUCAUCGGUACUUCAUUCGCUGAACUUCGAUACGUUCGGGAUCUUAUCAAGGACCGGAGCCGAUUGAAAUUCUGCGUUGAUCUAUGUCAUGUACAUGUCAGGAAUUACGAUUUGUCCAGUGAUUCUGGUUUAGCAAGAUUCUUCGCGGAUAUGGAAGAUGUGUUGGGAGCGGAGAACGUCGUAUGUGUUCAUGUCAGUGAAGCGGUCUAUCCACAUGGUACAGGGAAGGAUGUACAUUCCAGAAUCGGAAGCGGUACAAUAGGAGUCGACUCUUUACGUCAUAUCAUGCGCCACCGAUCUCUAUCUCACGUCGGAUUCAUCCUUGAAACUCCACGUCUAUACCGUAAACACACUUCGAGCAAAAUAGAACGAGCGGAAGUCCGACGCCUCAAAGAAGAAUUGGAAUAUGUCACCCUUCUCGUCUCCCUAUCCGAUCGUCACUGGGAAGCUAUGAAAGAUGAUCUGAUUCGAGACCACGAGAAAAGAUGGAAAAGUCUCAGUGCGGUGUACGCAAAGCUGAGACCCCACCCCAGGGGACACAAUAACAGCCCGAAUAAGAGGAAGAAUCUGGAGACCAAAGGCUGGCAAAUGGAAAUUAAGCAAGAAUCACCGACUCCAAAACGCGAGAAUCUGGUGAGAAAUAUGGAAUGCCAUCUGGGACAAAGAUCGAGGAGAUCAGAGAGGUUGGUGACAAUGAACAUCAAGGAAGAGGACGAUAGCAGAGUCGGGUUGGUAUUCUCCCAGAAACCGCCAUGA